ACCCUUCGAAAGGACCGUGUACGCCUUGCCGUACUCAUGGCUCCCAAACCUGGCCUCUGCUUCGAAGAGUUCGACCGCUACUGGCUCGAUGUACACGCCAAUGUGUUCUCAUCCAUUGCCAUCGCAAAGCGGAAUCUGCUGAAAUACGAACAGUUCCAUCUCGACCCCAAAUACGACGACGUCAUUGCUGCCCAGUCACUGGCCAAAUCAAAGUCGCCCUUCAGAGGAAUCGCCAUCUUCGAGGCAACUACACUUGAGAAGAUUUUCGAGAUCUUCCAAGACGAGGAAUACCUCCGCGUUGUCGUCCCUGACGAGCUCAAGUUCUUUGACCAUGAGAAUGCACAAAUCCUGGCAGGUCCGUUUGCUACGAUA